AUGAAUGAUACUAAUGACAUUCUGAAUUCUCUUCUAAUUCUUAACGGUAAAAAUUGGAACCGUUGGAGCAAGCAAAUGAAGUCCUUGUUAGACUUUCAUGAAAUCCUAGAAGUGGUUACUAAUAACAUCCAUAAGCUCGCUGAAAAUGCAACUGAUACUCAGAGUGUCGCGAACGAGGAGGCGAAGAAGAAAGACUGCAAUGCCGCGUAUUGCAUUCUAUCAGCAGUAGAUUCAGAGAAUUUCGACAAGAUCUCUCAAGAUGAAUUGGCGAAGGAGACAUGGAAUAUUCUUGUCAAGUACUAUGAAGGAGGCGAGAAAGUCAAAGUUGUCAAAUUGAAGAAUUUGCAACGGCAAUAUGAAUUGAUGCGGAUGAGAGUAGAUGAAAAUAUUGCAUGCUAUGUGUCGAAGGUGCAUAAUCUCGUCCAUCUCAUGAAGGAUUGUGGUGAAACCUUAACUGAAAAGAUGAUUGUUGAAAAUGUAAUGUGGAUUUUAAAUCCUCGAAAAGAGGAGAAGGAAACUCAUAUCAGGAAGACAAAGAGAAAAAAAGGUGUGGAGUUUUAUAACUGUGAAAAGUGGGGUCACUUGGCCAAGAAUGAUUGGUACAAUAAAUAUAAGGGAGCAACAAAAAGCAAGGAGGAAGGAGCAAACCUUGCACGCCAAGAUUCAGAUGAUUAUGAAGAUAUGGUGGUUAUGGCUGCAUUUGCAGAUGACCAUAUCGACUCCAAGAUCUGGUUCCUCGACACGAGUUGCUCGAAUCAGAUGAUUGGUCUAAAAGUUUUAUUAGCAGAUUUCGACUCGUCGAUGAAGAGCAGGGUCAAACUUACUAAUAAUAUCUCGUUGCAAGCAAAAGGUAUUGGCAACAUAGUUAUUCACAGGAGCAAUGGGGGAAAAGCCAUGAUUAAAGUAAUCUACGUACCUGGAAUGAAGUGA